ACUGCAGACCGUUUUCCAUGCCGUGACUCAUGGCGCAUGUCGGUGCCCAAUGGCAUCCCAGACCCGGCAGCCUUGCACACAGCACUGGAAGAGGUGCGAGAGCAGAAGGCGCGGCAGCAAGCAGCGCUGCAGGCCGCAGGGCUUCAAGGUCAAGAGCUGCUGGCAGAGGAGCAAGCGCUUCAGAACCGGCUGGAUGCUGGGCGAGUCACGAACGGUGCAGAGUUCUCCAACAUUUUUUCGGAGAAGAGUGCCGGCACGAGCUCGCGGAGCACGCCCCGACUUCUUUUCGUCCGCGGACGAGCGUGGAGCGCCUGCAGCUGCAGAACCAGGAGCUGGCUGAGGAGUUGGAGGACUUGGAGCGGCAGAGUCGGGAGCUCUCGAGCCGAGAGAGCUUUCUGCGCAACGAGGUGGCGGAGGCGCACCACUUGGAGGAGGAGGAGGCCGCCAGGUGGCACCAGGAGGAGAGGUGCCUCCGGCAAGAGCUGCAAGACGCGCAGCAGCAGGAGUCCUCGCUGCUAAAAGCGCUGCAGCAGAAGGCCCGAAGCGUCAACGAGAGGAACCAGAAGCUCCGGGAGGAACUGCGAGUGGAAGAGGAGAAGACCCAGCAGAAGACCUUGGCCCUGGAGGCGGAGGUAAGGCGACUCAAAGCCGAGCUUUGGACUGGAAGCUUUGGAAGCCGUGGCCUGAGCCCCAGCCGCUCGGAGGCCAGCGAGGUGUGGAACGGCACGGAGUCCUCCAGUGGCAGCUCUCUCAGCUCCAGGCGGCAGAGCUUUGAGAGGCGGAGGCGCAAGACUUGUACCUCGUCCUUCAAGCCCUUGCAGGAGGUGGUGAAGGAGGAUGGCAAACAGAAGGGUGUGGACACGGAACUAGAUUCGGCUGUGACGGCCCUUCGCAGCUCUGUGUUGGGUGUCAUGGACGAUGCGCUGCUCAAAGUGGGGGAGCUGUUUCAAUCCGAUUCGCGACCGGCGCCGGCCCCGGCGCCGGCACCUGUGGCGGCUGAUCGAUCGGGAGAGCCGUCGACCGGACCGAGUGGACCCAACUCCGAGGACUCGUACGUCGCGGCGUUGAGUGACUUGUGGAAGGCCAGUGGGCCCCGCAGCGCGGCGGUCGCCUUCACAGAGUUCGGGGCCUUGCUGCAGCAACAGGUGACCAGCGCGGCUGAGGUGGCCUCUUCAGCGCUGCCAUCCACUCGCUGAGAGGUCCGAUUUCGGAUAGCAACGGAUCUCCACCUUUUGUCUCUGCC